CAUCAUCAGCGGCAUUUCAUCAUCUGAGUACUGUACGUUGUUCCCUUCCUAUCCCGAUGUGAGGAAUAGUUCAACGUAUGCCCUGCGCGACAUUAGCCACGAACUCAGGCACCGCAAGCAUAGCCGCCAGCCUCAUUUACGUUGCCCAACCUAUGCGUCUGCGACGAUAACAGUUCGCCUCGAUGGUGACAAUGGCGGAUCUUGAGCGCGAUGGCUCUGUGGACCCUGAUGCGCAGGCCGCCGUCACCGACUUUCUGGAUUAUACAGAAUAUCUUCCUGCGGACCUCAUUCGAUCUUUCACCUUGAUUCGCGGCCUCGACGAGACAUACCUCACCAACACCUCUUCUUUAAACGAUCUGACGAGGUUAUAUGCCUCUCAGCCCUCACUCCCGCCCAACGAACGCCCAGAUCCUCAAGAACUGCGUGCUCAGAUCUCUUCACAUCUUGACUAUGCUCUCAACGCUCGAGAAUCAGCCUAUGCGGAGGCCUGUCGGCUUUACGAUGUUGUAGAUCGGCACCAAAACAGAUUAAAGAGCAUUCUUGCCAAAUUGAAUGCUAUCCCGAAACCCCCGUCUCGCGAUCCUACUCCUCCGCCGCCGACUUCACCCCACGUCAAACGCUCGAGAAGCGGACGAAAGCUCGAAAAUAGCACACGCUUAACAUUGCACCCUCCACGUGGCAAUGCGGUUGCAUCAGCAAUACUCAAGAGGCCUCGCGGUCGGCGGGUAACGGUCCCUGGCGAGGUAAUGCCACCUUAUGACCCAGAUUCCCCCAUUGCAAGCACCGAGGUCUCCGACUGGGAGUCCCCUCCGCCGUCGCCUCCGCGUCCCGUUCUUAAGCUCAAACAACCGAAAGCACCAGCUCCGCCGUCGCAGCAGAAAGAGAAGACGAAACGACGGGAGGAUGCGCCGCCUCGAGUCACCCGAGAAGUGACUGAACCGUUUCACAAGCCUACCCCCCCUCCUGAAGACGCACCUAUUGGCAGUAAAUACCGGCCUUGGACACAUUUGACGGAAUUCGAGUUGUAUAAACUCAGGAAGAGAAUGAAGAAAAAUAACGUCUGGGAGCCAAGUGAGAUCAUGAUCCGACGUGAAUUAGCUGAACGUGGGAGAGGCUGGGAAAACUACUAUCGAGCCAAAGCUGAGGCUGAGGCCAAUGGGACGGUGUUCUAUGACCUCGAUAGCACCGAGAGAUCACUUCCAGACACUUUGCAGAGUCCUGAGAAGGAUGAUAUCGUGGCAAACACGGUGGAAACGACGGUGGAAACGACGGUGGAAACGACGGUGGAAAAGAAGGAAGAGCCAGAGAAAAAUGAGAAGCUCAGCAAUAUUGUCGGUGAAGCAAACGACGAAACGCAAGACAUUGUCCUCACCUCUAGUACAGCAGCUACUCCGACUCAGACGCAGGCUCCGAAGCCCAGGACGGCCAGAAAGUCGGAGUCGAGGAAGGAAAAGAGACCAGACCCGGCACGUUCGCAAGCUGCAUUGGCUGCCCAGGAAGCUGAACUUGCAGCUCGAAGACUGGGAGACAUGGGGAGCAAGAUCAGAAAUUUAUUUACUGCCCCGUUUGCAUCUGCGCUUGCAUCGUUAAAUCGAAGUACAACCACGCCUAGCGGGAGCCGUGUAGCUAGUCCGGCGCAGAAGGUGGUCGAGAAGACGUCCAAGAAGAGAAAGGCGGAACACACGCCUACAUCAUCUCUUUCACCAUCAGCAGAGCCAGAUGCGGCAAGGAAAAAGCAAAAGACAGUGCCAAAACCGUCUCCUUUAGCGACAAGUCCUCAGGCCUCUGCUAUUACAACAGCAAACAGUGAAACUCCGGGUCCAGCUACAAGGGCAGAUGCUCCUAGUCCAGUGCCAGUGGAAGUGCCAAUCCAAGGUCCAGCCCCGGCGCCAAGCGCAGGAACCAUCAAAAUCCCCCUAAAACUGACUGUCUCAACACCCGCUGCAGCACGGUCCAAUACACCAACACCAGCUCCAACAACACGCGCCGCAAGCGUGCAGCGGACAUCAGUAGCCCCGAAAACCGAAUCGACGCCUCCGAUUCCUUCACGACCGCCCUCUCGUCGAUCAACAGCCGCGUCUGUUGAACCGCAACAACCCGCGAGGUCGAGUCACCGUGCCAGCAUGACACCGUCCGUGGCAGGACGUAAGACGCCUGCCGUGGAAGCUUCCCCGAAAUCCACCGCCGCCAGCCGUCGCAGUAAGCGCGACGCACCGGGCACGGUGAUGCAGUCCAGUCAGGAUGGUGGCGCCGCCGUUAGUGUCAGCAAACGCAAAACCAAACCAGGCAAGCACUCGCAUCAGAAGACUACGCCCAAAGCGGCGGCGGCGACGACAACGGAGACGGUGCCACAGAUCCGAAUCGACACCGACGGGAGACAGGAGAUUAUUGAUCCGGACGAAGAGCGGUACUGUGUUUGUGGCGAUGUGAGUUGGGGAGAAAUGAUAUGCUGCGAGCUGGACGAAAAGUGCGACUUUGGACAAUGGUUUCAUAUGGAGUGUGUAAGUCUAGUGGAGCUUCCACCACGAACCGUGAAAUGGUUCUGUCCAGGUGACAGAAAGAAGCUUCACAAGGGCGAGAAUAGCAAUGGACUCGUAGGGAGGGGAAUCAAAUAAAGUCGAUGGACCGCGGUGUGUUGCUCAACGGCGACGACGACUAUGGCGGAAUACGAAGAAAGGGGUAUCGAGGUAUUGAUCAUGGAGGAGGCCUACCAUGAGUGAUAGCAAUGUGAAAAAAGAUUGCCGAUGCCCUUCGU